AUGUGGCCGCCCGCCUUAAUUGCAGCUCUGGUGACUCUCGGCUACACAAGGGCGUCAGACAAAUUCCCGGAUGGUUUCUUGAUGGGGUGCGGAACGGCUUCGUACCAGGUAGAGGGAGCAUGGAACGAAGACGGAAAGGGCGAGAAUAUCUGGGACCACAUGUUUCACGAGCAUCCGGCAUACGGAACAAACGGCGACAACGGGGAUGUGGCCUGUGAUUCUUACCACAAGUACAAGGAGGACGUGCAGAUGCUGAAGGCUCUGAACGUGGACGUGUACCGCUUCUCCAUCUCCUGGCCACGCAUCUUGCCGACUGGAGAUGUGGACACCAUCAACCAGCCGGGCAUCGACUACUACAACAACCUCAUCAAUGAACUGCUCGACAAUGGUAUCCAGCCCAUGGUGACAAUGUACCACUGGGAUCUGCCACAAGCGCUGCAGUACAUAGGCGGAUGGGCCAACGGCCUGCUGGCAGAUUACUUCGUGGAAUACGCCAGGGUGCUGUUUGAAAACUUCGGCGACAGGGUGAAGUGGUGGAUCACCUUCAACGAGCCAGCGAUGGUCGUGCAGGGCUACGCGAGCCAGGAUCGGGCGCCCGCUCAGCCAGCGCCGGGCGUCGGCGACUACCUGGCGGCGCACACCCUGCUCAGGGCGCACGGGCGCGUCUACCGGCUGUACGACCAGCAGUACAGAGCCACGCAGAACGGUAGUGUUGGGAUUUCAUUGGAUGUCCAAGGAAGUGCCCCACUUACGAAUUCGACAAAAGACGUUGUGGCUGCUGACAGAUACCAGCAGUUUGAGGCAGGACACUUCGCUCAUCCCAUAUUCAGCCAAGAAGGUGACUAUCCGGCAGUAAUGCGCCAGAGAGUAGACGCCAACAGCAAGAGGGAGGGUCGACCACGUUCGAGGCUGCCAAUAUUUACGCAAGAGGAAGUGCAGUACAUCAGAGGAUCUGCUGACUUCUUCGGCUUGAACCACUACUGGACGGAUUUCGUAACUGAAGAAGUGAACGCCACGUCACCCUCAAAGGCUGGUGACACGGGCGCUACUGUCGUCAGAAAUGGUUUACACGCAUGGGGUUUUCGGAACAUACUGUACUGGAUUGUUAACGAGUAUCCCGGCUAUUCUAUCUUUGUGACGGAAAAUGGAGUUGAGACAUCCAGUGGAUUAAACGAUAUAGACAGGAUACAAUAUUAUAAGGAAUAUCUAACAGAGCUCCAGCAAGCAGUGAAUAUCGACAAAGUACCAGUAGUUGGCUACAUUGCGUGGAGCCUAAUGGACAAUCUAGAAUGGACUGAAGGAUUCACGAGGAAAUUCGGACUAUACGAGGUGGACUUCAAUAGCCCGAACCGGACGAGAACUGCAAAGGAUUCAGCGGCUUUCAUGGCAAAAAUCUUCCUUAGCAAGAAGAUACCUGAGGAUGACGGCUCCUUAAGUUGAAUGGGCUAAUGUUUCAUGUAUCAUUGCCCUCUUUUAACGAUUAGCAUUUGAUAUUACUCAUAACUUAAGUUGCGUAAACUAAUAGUUCCAUAAAAUAUUUCAGUAGUUUCCUACGAUAAUGUACCAUAGAAAACAGAGUAAGUGGAUGAUAUAUUUUGAGGAUUUCAUUUUCAGAGCAAUGGGUGAUUGCUUACAAAACUUUGCUACAGUCUCAAAUCAUUUGCAAUAUCAAUAACUGUAUAAAAUUUUCAAAAUAAUAAACAUAUGGCCGUGCUGAAUAAACAGAAGUGUAAAUGUUCGUUGUAAUUUAGUUUGCUAAGUGCCUGCUGGAGCAUGUGUGUGUAUAAGAAAGAGAAGGAGAGAGAGAGAGAGAGAGAGAUAGAGUAAAUUCCUUGGUUGAAACUGUAACGAGUCUGCCUUCUGUGACCAUCUCCUUCUUAACAAAUGAAAUGUAAGUACACAAUUUUCAAAAUAAAACGUGUGAUGUAAUUCGCAAUAAACUUACGUUA